AUGCCGGCCCGCUCUGGAACGCGCGCCUCUUCUGUUGCAUCCACGCGCAAAUCCUCCGUUCCCCCCUCGACUACAGGCGCCAAUGUCUUCAUACCCGAUGAACCCGCAGAGCCCACUAUCUCACCCAACUUACGUGCCAAUAUCGUAGAAAUAUUUGCGGAUGCGCAACGGUCGACAACCGGGCAUAGGAAACUGGUAGUGCGGCUGAGGAAGCUACAGGAAUCGUCUUGCGGGCUGCGACCCUCGAAGGAGAAAGAUAACAAGGGUAAAAGGCGAGACUCGGAGGUUUUUGAAAGCAGUUUCGGAGAAAAAGAAAAGCCUGCAGAGAGGGAGUUUAACAUUGAGAUAUCUCGAUGUCUAUUACGGAUACUACCAAUUAAAAAGACGGAGGGAGCGGCAGAUCGGGUACUCAAGUUUCUGGGGACAUUCUUGAGGGCAGCAACAGAUAAAGAUCUGGAAUUAUUUGGCCAGGGCGAUCCAGAUGAAACCCACACUCUACCGGAAACCCCAACUUCUAGGCUUACUUUUCAUAUUGUCUCUACUAUGAUUCCUUUCCUCGCAACAAAAGAGAAGACGGUACGAUAUCGGGCGACGCAAACAAUUUCACAUAUUGUUAACUGCUUGGACUCAAUUGAUGAUGAACUAUAUCACCUGAUUCGACAAGGGCUUGUCAAGAGAAUCAGAGACAAGGAACCGACUGUGCGAGUGCAGGCAGUGAUUGGGCUCGGAAGAUUAGCGGGUAACGACGAGGAAGAUGACGAUAACGAUCAAAACGACGGUAGCUCAGCUUUGGUUGAGAAAUUACUGGAAGUCCUUCAGAAUGACACAAGUGCCGAAGUACGGCGUACAUUGCUCCUUAACCUGCCCCUUACCCCAAUGACUCUACCUUUUCUUCUUGAGAGAGCCCGUGACAUUGAUGCAUCAACGCGACGUGCCUUGUACUCUAAGCUACUACCAACACUGGGCGAUUUCAGACAUCUUUCGCUGUCAAUGAGAGAAAAGUUGCUGCGAUGGGGUCUGCGCGAUCGCGACGAAACCGUCAGGAAAGCGACUGGGCGCCUCUUCUCUGAGCGUUGGAUUGAGGACUGUGCAAGCACUCAAAACGCAGGAGAAAAUACGAAUCAAGAAAAAGAUAAGCUUGCUACGCCUAGUAUGCCCGCUCUUACAGAGUUGUUGGAGCGCAUUGAUGUCGUAAACUCUGGGAUGGAAGGUGGCAUUGCCCACGAAGCCAUGAGAAACUUCUGGGGAGGCCGGCCGGAUUAUCGUGAAGCAAUUGUCUUCAAUACACAAUUCUGGGAAACAUUGACAGCAGAAACAGCAUUUAUGGCCCGAAGCUUCAACGAUUUUUGCCGCGAAGAGGGAGACGGAAGAUACGAGGAGCUUGCAGAUGAGAAGAUCCCAGAAGUCACUGCUCUCGCUUUUUACUUGCACAAGUAUACGACGACACUCCUGAUGAGGAUAAUGCACCCCCAACAAGCGGAAGGAGGAGAAGAGGAAACUAUGGAAUGCGAAUUUAUAGUUGAACAGCUUCUUUAUAUAUCUCUAACUUUGGACUAUAGCGACGAGGUGGGUAGAAGGAAAAUGUUCUCUCUCUUACGAGAAACAUUAGCGGUUUCAAAUCUUCCUGAGCAAGUGACGAAGCUCACUGUCGAAACCCUGCGGAAUGUUUGUGGACCCGACUCGGCUGCAGAAAACGAAUUUUGCAGUGUUGUACUUGAAGCUGUGGCCGAAGUUCACGACACAAUUGUAUACGAAGAGAGCUUCGUUUCUGCCAAGUCGGAAAUCAGCGAUGCGAGCUCCACGAGAGCUCGUUCAGAAACGCCUGGAGGCGGUAAAGAGGCUGAAGAAACGCCAUUCAACAAGGAAGAAGCCAAGGCUAAGGUGCUUAAAGAGAUCAUGGUCAAUAUGAAGUGCCUGUACAUCGCUCAAUGCAUGCUCCAGAACGUUGGGGGGAAUCUGCAAGAUAACGUUCAUUUGGUGACGAUGUUGAACAAUCUAGUCGUCCCAGCGGUCAGGAGCCACGAGGCCCCAGUGCGUGAGCGUGGCUUGGAAUGUCUUGGUUUAUGCUGUUUGUUGGACAAAACACUCGCUGAGGAAAACAUGAGUCUGUUUAUCCAUUGUUACAGCAAAGGCCAUGAAGCUCUGCAAGAAAUGGCAUUACGUAUUCUCUCCGACAUACUCACGGUGCAUCAUACGAUCCUUCUCCCAGUAAUAUCGCAAAAUGACCCGAAUGCUGUCACGCCACCACCAUUCCAAAAACCGCUGCUGAAAGUAUUCGCAAAGGCUCUAAAGACGAACUCCCCAGCAUCAGUGCAAACUAUUGCGGUGACGUCUUUAGCAAAGUUACUACUCACUGGCACACUUUCUCCAUCAGGUCCUUCGGUGCCGCCCUCUAUCAAAGAAUUGAAUGAAAGCUCCAUCGAUACCCUUCUUCAGGCGCUUGUUCUUUCGUUCUUCCAUCCCCGAACUCGUGAAAACUUGUCUCUAAGGCAAGCACUAACAUAUUUCCUUCCUGUAUACUGCCAUUCCAGGUUAGUCAAUGCGCAGCACAUGCGCAAGAUAGCAGUACCGGUUAUUCGUGUUGUAUUGGCGGCCGCAGAUGACUUCUAUGCUCUUGAAGCAGAGGAAGACAGCGACGGAGAGAUCGACGAGAGUCUCGGAAUGCUUGUCGAAUGGACAGAUGAUCGACGAAUUAUCGGCCUCAAUCCCGAAACGCCGUUGCCCGGCACAUCAAUAGUUCCAAACCCGCCUUUGAAACCAAGCGAGAGCCUUCACCUUGCUUUAGCCAAGGAUUUGUUACAGCGUGUCUUGGGCGUCGGGGGAUUUAGCGCUGCACCGAGAGAAGAGAGAAAACUGUUGCUUUCGAUGCUUGGGAAACUAUAUAUCCCCGUUCCUCCCUCGGCUCCUUCAAGGCCUGGCUCUCGUGCGCCUGAAGGUCCCGACGAACGGGAAAACCUGCGUUCGAGUAUUAGAUCGGGCCGAUCAGACCAAGAACAGGGAACCAUUGAAGAUGACGGCGAGUUACUUCUAGAAGUCAAAGAGCUGCUUAAUCAAGCCAUUGCUUCCAACGUCGCGUCAGACGCCACGGGAAGAAAUGCACUGGUCAAAGCCAAGAAUGCGGUAUUGAAAUUACUUGCUGCAUGCCGACCUGCAGGAGCGUCUGGGAAGGAUAAGGAUUCGUCGUACGUUAAAGAAGAACCUGAGGAUGAUAGCUAUUUGCGUGAAAACAGGAGGAGUGUCAGUGUUGUUAGCGGCAGAUCCAGCGUGGCUCCGAGCGAGUUGGCUGCUGUGGAGGAAGAGGACGAGGGCGACGAAACGAUUGUUGUGGGAAAGCCGAGUGGUAGACGCUCGCUGGCGUCAGAUGCCGGCACGGAAGUCUCUGUGCAAACAACAAAAAAUGCAAGGAAAGGCAAUCCACCAAGCCGCACUCCAAAAACCGCCCACCAUCCCAAUGUUACCAACCCAGUCGAUAAAAGGCCAAAAAGCGCUCCAUCCAACGACCAAAAAGCUAGCCCGCUUUGCCCAACUCAACAAGCAUCUCCAGAAAGAAAACAAACCAAAAGAUCCAAAAAGCAACCUAAAUCAAGCUGA